AGACGGAAGAAACUUCGGCAACUGGGUUUUCAAGAACAUCUUGUGGACUAAGUGCGCCCGCACAAAUGCUCAAACGAAAAACCCAAAAAUCUAUUCCUGUCAUAAUAAGUUCAUUAAAAAAAUUUAUGUAUCUUUGGAAACAUAAAGCAAGGAAGAAAUGCCAAGGAAUAAAUGAGGAAGAUGGUAGAAAAGCCAAGAAAUGGAACAUUUCUUACAUGAGAAUGGGUUGGUCUAGAUUGAUUGUUAGUAAUAAGUACCAUGAUCUUGACGCAUUUUGAAACAGUGCCCAAUAUUUCAAGUUGAGGAAAAACAUUAACACAGGAAUCAGACAGACAAGACGAGUCGUUUUCAGCAUAAAUCAAGACAAGAGCGAAGAAAAAGGCCGUCAAGCCCUGGCAACUGGGUCCCAGUUUUUAUAAAGGGAGCAGUUCUACAAUGAACUAACCAAGAACAUUACUUGAAAACAUCCCUGUUGAUUUUUUUUUUUUUUUGGGUUUUAAAUUCAUUUAAAAUUCUGUUAAAAUAAGAAGGACCGAACUUUAAAAAUAAUGUCAUUUGAUCCAAACUCCAAAGCAAAAGAUUGUUGAUGAUGAUCAUGAUCAUGAUCAUCUAGAUGAUAAUAACAACGUUGGACAAUGAGAACAGAACCAACCAGUUCCUUAAUCUCUGUCCAAAUCAAAGUCCUGAAAAAGAAAAGGAGAUGCCCUUUUGAAGUUUGCGAAUAAGUAUAACGUAGCAGUAAUGAUAUCUUUUGAAGCACAUGAUGUUAUUGUUAGGCUUUUAACAUCAAACAAUCGGGAAAGAAGCAGAUUAAUAAAAAAAAAAAAGUCAAUUAGAAUUUAAUUAACAAAUGGAUUUUCUUUUUUUUGUAUUUUUGGUGGGUUUCCUGAUCAAACGGUUCAUGAAAUGGCUUUUUUGUUUUUGACUUGAUUCGAUAUACACGAAUGUGAUUGGGAUAAGGAAACUGUAGUUAUUAAAAAACAAACUGACAACAAAGAGAAAAUAAAGGAGGGCUGGGCUGUUUGAUUUUAUUUUUUAGUUGCAAUAACUUGUUGCGUGACUUUGAUUUUUAGCGGAUUUUGAUUUUGGUUUUUUUUUUUUUUCAAAGGGGGUGCGUCCUUUCAGGGUUUUUAUUUGAGAUUUAUUUGAUAUUGAGUGAGUCUUCUUAAAGUUAGGGUUCCUUUUUUUUUUUACUUUCCGAUUUUUGUUCUUUGGGAGGGUUUGCUUGCUUCUAUUUAUUGGGUUUUUUUCUCGGGAUGCUGGUCUGCUUUGGUAAUUUUGCUCAUUUGGGUUCCCAAUUCACUUGCUAAUCUCAUCUGAGUAGGUGGGUUUUCUUCAAAUUUUUAAGUCUCGAACUUUGAUUUUAAGGGAUUUUGAAGUGUCUGCAAAUACAGAAGGAAGUUCCUUUUCGCUCUCUGGUAGAAUUUUGGGAAACUCCAGAGAUUUUGAGAGGUGGAUUUUUGAGUUAUCAAAUUUGCAGCAAGCUCUUUGGGGUUUUGAUUUGAUUUCACAGUAGUGUUUUAAGUUUUUGGAGUUUCUUAAAAGGAGGCAUUGGUGCCUUAUACUUAGUGACAAGUUUGAGUUUUGUUGGGUCUGGCAUGUUUGCAUGAUGUUUAGUUCUCAAGGGUCUUCAAGGAACCAUUGCAGCCUCCUUGCAGUUCUUUGUGGUGGUAAAGUUUCUGAUAAUAAAGAGAAGCAGCCAGUUUCUGAUGAUAAGCCUAGAUACCCGUUUCCAGAGCUUGCUUCUUCAGGGCGCCUUGAGGUUCAGCUUCUUAACAAUCCUAGCAUUGAUGAGUUCUGGCGGGUUCUCGAAUCGUCAGAGCCGAAUAUUGUCUACUUGCAAGGAGAGCAGAAUGCAGAUAGUGAAGCAAUUGGCUCUCUGAUUUGGGGAGAUGUUGAUUUGUCCACUCCAGAAGCUUUAUGUGGACUCUUUGGUUCCACAUUGCCUACCACUGUUUAUUUAGAGACACCCAAUGGUGACAAAUUGGCUGAGGCACUUCACUCCAAGGGAAUCCCUUAUGUUAUAUAUUGGAAAAAUACAUUCUCGCGAUAUGCAGCUUGCCAUUUUUGUCAAGCAAUGUUAUCAGUGAUACAAAGUUCAUGUAGCCAUACAUGGGAUGCAUUCCAACUUGCCCAUGCCUCUUUUAGACUGUACUGUGUGUGGAACAAUAAUGCUGUCUCUUCUAAUAGUCAGAAACAAAGUGUUAAGCCAGGACCGUGUCUGCUGGGGGAGCCUCCCAAGAUUGAUGUUUCUCAACCAGAGGUAGAUACGCAAGAGGAAGAAGGCUGUCUUGAAAAUCUUCCCGCCAUAAAGAUAUAUGAUGAUGAUGUGACUAUGAGGUUUCUUGUUUGUGGAUCACCACGUGUCUUGGAUGCAUCCCUAUUGGGAUCUUUGGAAGAUGGACUGAAUGCCCUCUUAAGCGUAGAAAUACGUGGGAGCAAACUCCAUAACCGUGCAAGUGCUCCACCACCACCUCUUCAGGCCGGGACAUUUUCUCGUGGUGUAGUUACCAUGCGUUGUGAUCUUUCAACCUGUAGUUUGGCUCACUUAUCACUUUUAGUGUCUGGUAGCGCACAGACUUGUUUUAAUGAUCAACUCUUGGAAAAUCAUAUAAAAAAUGUGCUAAUCGAGAAGAGUCAGCUAGUCCAUGCUCUGUCAAGUUCUGAGGACAGCAAGUUGCCUUCAUCUGAGCCUCGUAGAUCAGCCUCAAUUGCAUGUGGAGCGAGUGUGUUUGAAGUGUGCAUGAAGGUUCCCACAUGGGCUUCACAGGUUUUGAGGCAACUUGCCCCAGAUGUAUCUUACCGCAGCUUAGUCAUGCUGGGGAUUGCUAGUAUUCAAGGGUUGUCGGUUGCUUCUUUUGAAAAAGAUGAUGCUGAGCGCCUGCUUUUCUUUUGCACGAGGCAGGGCAAAGAUCCCCUCUGGGAUAGUUCUGUAAUUGCCAGAUCUCCCAGUUGGUUGGUGCCUCCAGCACCUUGUCGUAAAAGAUCAGAGCCAUGUAAAGACACUAAAUAUCUAAACUGUACUAUCAUGGAAGGUGUAAAUGGCAAUGCUAGACCAAAACCAAAUGUUGCUGUUAUGAGGCCAAUUCCUCACACCCAUCGUCAUAAGAUGCUUCCCUUUUCUGGAUUUUCUGAGGCUGAGAGAUAUGAUGGUGACCAAGGAAAGGUUAACUUACCAGUAGUUACUGUGAAGCAACCCGCUCCUGCUACACAUCGGAAAGCAUUGUCCAGUUCUUAUCAGGCCCAGCAGAUUAUUUCUUUAAAUCCAUUACCUCUUAAGAAACAUGGUUGUGGUAGAGCCCCAAUACAGGUUUGCUCAGAGGAAGAAUUUUUGAGAGACGUAAUGCAGUUUCUGAUUCUUCGGGGACAUACUCGUCUUGUUCCUCAAGGAGGGUUAGCCGAGUUUCCUGAUGCCAUUCUGAAUGCGAAGCGUCUUGACCUUUUUAACUUGUAUAGAGAGGUGGUGUCAAGAGGAGGCUUUCAUGUUGGAAAUGGCAUAAAUUGGAAGGGACAGGUUUUUUCAAAGAUGCGCAAUCACACAAUGACAAAUAGAAUGACGGGAGUGGGCAACACUCUGAAAAGACAUUAUGAGACUUACCUUUUAGAGUAUGAAUUGGCUCAUGAUGAUGUGGAUGGAGAAUGCUGCUUGUUGUGUCACAGUAGUGCAGCAGGUGACUGGGUAAACUGUGGAAUUUGUGGUGAGUGGGCUCACUUUGGCUGUGAUAGGCGGCAGGGGCUUGGAGCCUUUAAGGAUUAUGCAAAAACAGAUGGGCUGGAGUACGUUUGUCCACACUGCAGCAUCUCAAAUUUCAAGAAGAAACCCCAAAAAACUGUGAAUGGUUAUUGACAAACUUUGACUCUCACUUUAGAUUACCAACACCCCCUUUCUUUUUCCAACUUAGAAAUAUGUCUCUGUUAGUUUUAUUUUCUUUUUCUUUCUCAAUAUAAUGCAUAAGAUAACGCACUAUAAUAGGAAUGUAAUUAUUGUAUUGUAUCCCCAUUGUUGUUCUCAUAUAUAGAACAUGCCAUUAUCCAGGCCCCCAAUUUUCCCCCCAGUAUUUUGUAUUCUCCAUAACAGAGGUAAAGAAGAGUUAACUGUAGGAUAUAUUUUGUGUUCUCUUCGACCAUGUUAACGAGCACUUUGCCAACUAUUAUUUAUUAAAAGAUUCUGUUUGUUUUGGUUGUGCUGAUGGGAUGCAGAAGCUGUCAUGCUGUUUUUGGCAUAUUUCUUUGACUCAAUGUGUGUUGUUUAUUGGCGCUUAGGCUAAUCCAAGUAGAUUAACUCCAUGGUGUUUCGA